UCUAGUGGCUUUAAUUAGAAGCUGCUUUUCUCGUCGAGGUAAGAGGUCACCAGUCUAGAAAACAUGGCGGCUCCCAGUAAAUCUACCGUGUUAUUGAAAGCUGUGAAGAAAAUAACCGUCCAGUUCUGUCCGUUUGAGUCCAAUGUCCGGUCCACACGAGAGUUCUUGGCUUUGGUGGGUUCAGAGAAGGCCCGCUCCACCAACAUGAACUGUGAGGUGAUACCUGUGGUGAAACAUGACAAGUCUGAACCAGUAGUCGAUGUAACUUAUGUGGAUGGAGAGAGGCUGGUGAUGAAGGGGGGAAAGUUGACCUGCCGUGAGAUGCUGAGUGCGUUUCAGUCCCGCUGCAACGACAAGGACCCACAGACUAAAGCUGGAGCUAACAAAUGAAUUUGUUUGUAUUUAUAUGUGUGUAAUCUUGGAAAUGUACAAUAAAAGAGGAUGUUUGUUUUUGCA